GAGGACCAUGGAGGACAGGAAGAAGAAGGCCCAUAAUGAGCGGCAUAGUGGGCCCAAAGCUGCAAGGAAGAAGCAACGCCGCCUGAAUAGGCUCGGGGUCGGAGAUGAAGAGGAUCCACGGAAGAGAAAUCCCAAGGCUUUUACUGUGCAUUCUGCAGUGCGCAUGGCUAAAACCUUCCAUAGGGCCCAGGACUUGAAAACUAAAAAGCACCAUAUUCCCAUGGUUGAUCGGACACCCUUGGAGCCCCCACCUAUUGUUGUUGUUGUUGUAGGACCCCCGAAAGUGGGAAAGAGUACCCUGAUUCGGUGCCUCAUUCGAAACUUCACCAAGCAAAAACUAACAGAUAUCAGGGGUCCAGUCACUAUAAUUACAGGCAAAAAACGCCGACUCUCAAUUAUUGAAUGCGGGAACGAUAUGAGCUCCAUGAUAGACUUAGCCAAAGUGGCUGAUCUGGUUUUAAUGCUGACAGAUGCCAGCUUUGGCUUUGAGAUGGAGACAUUUGAGUUCCUGAACAUCUGUCAAGUUCAUGGCUUUCCCAAAAUCAUGGGGGUCCUUACCCACCUGGACACCUUCAAAAACACCAAGCAGCUGAGGAAGACCAAGAAAAGGCUAAAGCACCGGUUCUGGACCGAGGUCUACCAGGGUGCAAAGCUCUUUUACCUGUCAGGAAUGGUUCAUGGAGAAUAUCAGAAGCAGGAGAUUCACAACCUUGGCAGAUUUAUCUCUGUGAUGAAGUUUCGGCCACUGGUGUGGCAAAUGGCACAUCCUUACCUCUUGGCUGACAGAAUGGAAGAUCUGACCAAUCCUGAGGAUAUACGUAAAAACCAGAAGUGUGAUCGUAAAGUUUCAAUGUACGGUUACCUGCGUGGGACAUACUUCAAGAAAAACAGUCAAAUUCACAUUCCAGGUGUGGGUGACUUUACAGCGAAUGAAGUUGGCUUCCUUCCAGAUCCCUGUCCUCUCCCAGAGCAACAGAAGAAACGAUCCCUGCAUGAGAAAGAGAAGCUGAUUUUUGCCCCAAUGUCUGGUGUCGGGGGUAUUGUUUAUGAUAAGGAUGCUGUGUAUAUUGAUCUCGGUGGGAGUCACGCACACAGAGAUGAGGAGGAAGAGCAAAGGCCGAACCAUGAGCUGGUGCAGAGUCUUAUUGCAACACACAGCACCAUUGACACCAAGAUGGCAUCCAGCAAAGUCUCGCUCUUCAUGGACUCAACGCCACUGGUAUCUGAGGAAUUGGAGGGAAGCAGGUGCACAAUGCCUAAAGAGGAGAAACUGCUUGACCCAGAGACUGGAAAGGUGCGUCGCAAAGCUAUCUUUGAUGACGAUGAUGAAGAAGAAGAAGAAAUGACUGAAAGUGAGGAUGAAGCAGAAAAUGAAAGUGAAGAAGAGGGUGGCAACCAGGGCCAAAUUGAUUGUGAAGGAGAAAUGUAUCCCCGAUCAUUUAAAGUCAUGAAGCUGGAGGAGAAGGAGGCUGCAGUUGCAGUUGAAAGACCUGUGUUUGCAGAUGCUGAUGAUGACUUUGAAGUCGAUUCAGAGGCAGAGGUGACUGAUGAGGAUGAUGAUGAGUCAGAUGAAGAACAGGACUUGACUUGUGAUUCUGAAGAAGCCUUUCUGCGUUCUAGUAAUAAAACGUUGGAGGAGGAAUCAAUGGUAAAAAUAGAUUUGCAAAGAACUUUGAAUGGCAAACAGGAAGAUGAGGAGCCAACCUUAAACUUUGAGAUGGAUUCUGAUGAAGAUGAAGUUGAUUUGGACUCCACAUUGGAACUGACAGAAGAAAAAAUAUUGGGUGGUCCUGGAAUUUCAGAGACUAAGGUGUUGAACCGAGAAAGCAAAGAAGAUUAUGAAGAAAAGAUAAUUUCAAGCUUAGAAACCGCAGGAUCAUUGAAGUGGAAAGAAGGACUAGCUCAGCGGGCAGCUGAUGUCUUCUUAAAGCAACAGUCAGCUCCAAACCUCCAGAAAUUGGUCUACGGAACAGUCAGUGAAGACAAUGAGGAGGCUGAGGAAGGUAAUGAUUCAUUGGGAGGAAUCUUCCAUGUAAGCAGGCCUGACAGAGAAUCCAAAAGCAAAGGCAGUGGUCUGGAUUCCUCGGUAUUUCCUGUGAAAAAUCCUCAUAACUGGGACCUAGAAGAGGUAAUGAACAGUGUCCGCGAUUGUUUUGUGACUGGAAAAUGGGAGUCAGAUAAGGAUGCAACCACUCUCCUUGGAGAAGAUGAUUCUGUGUAUGGAGCAUUUGAGGAUCUGGAGACAGGAGAAAUUCACUCAGGGAAACCUGUUGAACUAAAACAAAAUCAUGAGGGCGAAGAAGAUGAAGAUGGUAAUGAUGAUCCUAGAGGCACAGAGGAGGAGGAAGAACAGAGCAAGCGUUUGGCGAAAAAGCGAAAAUUGAAGGAAAUGUUUGAUGUGGAGUAUGAUGAUGGCGAAGGAACCUACUUCCAUGAUCUUAAGGACGAAAUGCAGAAGCAGGCACAGCUUAACCGAGCCGAGUUUGAUGACCAAGAUGAUCAGACCCGAGUCCAGUAUGAAGGUUUUAGACCUGGAAUGUACAUCCGUGUUGAGAUUGAAAAUGUGCCCUUUGAGUUUGUGGCAAAUUUUGACCCCUGCUAUCCAUUGAUACUCGGUGGCUUGGGAAACAGCGAAGGAAAUAUUGGAUAUUUGCAGAUGCGUUUGAAGAAACAUCGAUGGCACAAGAAGAUUUUGAAGACCAGAGACCCUUUGAUCUUCUCCCUCGGCUGGAGACGCUUUCAGACCAUCCCGAUGUAUUACAUUGAGGACCACAAUGGACGCCACAGACUGCUCAAAUACACACCUGUGCACAUGCACUGCUCUGCUACCAUCUGGGGUCCAAUUACUCCACAAGGGACAGGAUUUUUCGCUAUUCCAUCUGUGGGUGGUGUUUUGAAGGAUUUCAGGAUAGCGGCGACAGGUGUGGUGCUGGACCUCGAUAAAUCUGUAACUAUCGUUAAAAAACUCAAGUUGGUGGGGACCCCAUUCAAGAUAUACAAGAACACGGCCUUCAUAAAGGGAAUGUUUAACUCUGCGUUGGAAGUUGCUAAAUUUGAGAAUGCUUCAAUCCGAAGUGUGAGUGGGAUUCGUGGCCAGUUGAAGAAAGCACUUCGCACCCCAGAGGGUGCGUUCCGAGCCUCCUUUGAGGACAAGUUGCUGAUGAGUGAUAUUGUUUUCAUAAGAACGUGGUACCCAGUUUCAGUGCCAAAGUUGUAUAAUCCAGUCACAACAUUGCUUCGACCAAGCAGCAAGAGAGAAACCUGGACUGGAAUGAGAACCCUGGGACAACUCAAACAUGACUUGGGCAUUAAGAUGAAACCAAACAAGGAUUCUUUAUACAGGCCCAUCGAGAGGAAGGUGAAACAUUUCAAUCCCCUCUACAUCCCCAAGAUGCUGCAGAAAGCUCUGCCUUUUAAGAACAAGCCCAAAAAUCAAGAGAAAUUGGCCAGUGAAACGCGGGAUAGACAGCGAGUCGCGGUUAUAAAAAGCACACACGAGAGAAAGAUCUCAGCCCUGCUCUCUGCUCUGAGCACAGUGAAUGCAUAUAAAAUACAGAAACAGCAUAGAAAAGAACACCAGCAACACAAAGAGUUCCUCACACAGAAAUGCAAACAGCAGGAAGAGAAGAUUAAGAGGCAAAAAGAAGCUCGCAAGAAGAUCCAUCGUAUGCUGGGUCAGAAGGAGAAGCGCAAAAUGAAAUCCAGCCUAAAGGGAGGUGAAGAGGACUGAAGCACUUGGCUUUGCCAGUUUACAUUGCAAUGACAGUCACCCACAGGAAUUGGAGCUGAAAAGCAUUGUCUGUAUAUGUGACCAUUGGCCACAUCUAUGACACUUAAAUUGUUUCUUUUCUGGGAUGUAACUUACUUUAAUGCAAUCAAUUUGGUCUUUGUGCAGAUUUUGAUCCACAAAGUCUAAAAUGGAGUGUGAAAAACACAUGAUGCAAAGUUAAAUACUCCAUGCUCUGUGAUGCACAGUGUUUUAUAAAAAUAGUAAAAUUCCUCUUAAUGAA